CCGCAACGCGCCGCCGCCACCAGGGCCGCCACGGACCCCGGCACCGAGGACGUCUGCCUGGGGUGAUGCCAUGCGCGGGAGCCUGCCUUUGCUGCUGCUGACCCUGGACAUCCUCUGCACUCCAUGGCCGCGCGUCCACUCUCUCCAGGCUGGCUUUCUGACUGGCGUGACGCCGUCCUGGUCCGCAGCGGGCAGCACGGCGGGCGUAGGCAGGCCCUCAAGCACUGCCAGCACCGCCACCGGCCACCACACCGUAUUCAAGACGGCGAGCUCAGCCGGCCAGCAAGUCACCCAGGCCCAGAACCAGGUUCGGCACACGGCAAGCACGGUGAGCACGGCGAGCGUGGGCGACGUGCUGCACGACGACGAGGACCCCCCCGUGAGCUACGCCUCGCCUCCCUUUGACUCGGCCGGCAUCGCCCACUCAGAUGGGGCCCAGGCCGACAACAACAUGGACGUCCGCUCCAACAGCCCCAACGGAGCCCACCAACAGCAGCAGCCGGUCGCCUCGGACGCCUCGCCGUUCCACGACCCCGCUGUUGGUGGCGUCGGGCUGGGCAACGAGGACGAGGACCAGGUCCACCCCAACUGGCACCUCGUCAACGCCAAGAAGUGCGGGCUGAGCAAGGGCGCCCUGGCCGACCGCAUAGUGGGGGGCUUCGUGGCAGGGCUCGGCCAGUACCCGUGGCUGGCGCGCAUCGGCUACAACCUGGACGGCGUGGCUCGGAGGGUGUACCGGUGCGCGGGGGCGGUCAUCACGCACUUCCACGUCCUGACGGCGGCCCACUGCGUCAAGAACUUGCCGGAAAACUUCGAAUUUGCCGGAGUGCGCCUGGGCGAGUGGGACACCACCACUGACCCUGACUGCCAAUACUCAGUGUGCGCCCCGCCAGUGUACGACAUAGACCCGGAGUUCGUCAUCGUGCACCAGGACUACAACAACCCGCGCUUCGCCAACGACAUCGCCCUCGUCAAGCUGGCCCAGAAAAUAAACUUUAACGGCUGGGUUGCACCAGUCUGCAUUCUCUAUGGCGACCUCCUCACCAAGAGCUUCGAGCAAGAACGGACAGAGGUAGCAGGCUGGGGUAUCUUCGACCUAACCUUACAGAAAUCCAGUCAAGAGCUGCGCACGGUUCACCUCCCAGUAGUUUCCAAUUCCAUUUGUCAUGCCUUGUAUCGAAACCAAGCCAACAUAACAAAAAGACAGAUGUGUGCUGGAGGUGAGAUAGGAUUCGAUGCAUGCUCAGGUGAUUCCGGCGGUCCUCUAUUGAAGGUGGAGGCUUACAAUGGAGGUCCAAGGUAUUACAUUGUUGGCAUUGUAUCAUUUGGAUCCAAGCGCUGUGGGCUCACACCCUCUCCAGGAGUGUACACACGAGUGUCCUACUACAUCGAUUGGAUAUUAGACAACAUUGGCUUAAUUUAAUAUACAAGAGGCAAAAAUGCUUUCAUAGAUUACUGCUGGCACUUGUGCAUAACGCAGACAAUCAUGAAUUAGCAAAUGAUUUGGACAAACACAAAAAAUAAGUAAAAAACAAAUAAAUUAUAUUUCAAUUA